UAAUUUGUAACCCAUCCGGUCGCCCAUUGUGACCUGCCAGGUUGCAUCAAAGAAGAAUCCUCGUCGACUUCGUCGCCGCCGCUCUUCUCCCGCACGCGGCGAUCAUCACGUGGAGUUUGUUGGCCUUCUGAAGACGUGGAAGGAAAGGAGCCGUAGGGCAUUCCAAGGACCAAAGAUCCAUUAUCAAUUUUGUGGCAUUCUAGGGUAGCUCCACGAAGUUCCUCCAAGGCAUUACGACGAGUGCAGGAGUAGAAACCGAUCAAUUGAAAACAUUCGGAUAAAAAGGGAAUAUCAUGGCUACUAAGGAGUUAUCGAUGAAGCUCCUGAUUGAUACCAAGGCUCAGAAAGUCUGCUUUGCCGAGGCUGACAAUGAAGUGGUCGAGUUGCUGUCCAGCCUCCUAUGCCUCCCGAUGAGCACCGUCAUCAACCUGCUCACCAAAGAGCGUAUGGUUGGCAUCAUUGGGAAUGUUCUUGAUAGCCUGGAGACGCUUGAUGCCACGUAUGUAUUCUCAACCAAGGGCAAGGAGCCCUACAUCAAGCCAACAAUUUCCCCCGGUAUGCUCUCUCCCUUGCAACAGCUGAUGGGGGAUGCACAGUUAAAUGCCUGUAGCAGAUUCUUCACCUGUGAGGGGAAAAGAUGCUGCUACACAAGCCAUAGUUGUGGGUAUUUUUCAGUUGCUAAAGGCAGCAAAUGCCCAAGUUGCUCCACCGGAAUGAACAAAGCUAUACUGCAUGUCAAAAGUGAGGGGUUUGUGGUCGGGACAGCCACGUAUACAGUCAAGGACGAUCUCUCGAUGAUACCGGCGUCCAGCGUGGCAAGCAUUGCCUUGCUCGCCCAGUGCGGUGUCAAGGACCUGAGCAUGCUGCAAGAAAAAAUGGUGAAGAUUGGCAAGGAAGAGGCGCUGGACAUACUCCUUGCUUCGCUGAAGUCCAAGACCGUCCUGACUGAUGUCUUCCUUCAGACAAGAAAAGCUCGUUGCAAGAAGGAAACUGUUGCUUAGUUAUGCGGCUAUGCCUCAGUAAAUUCACCAGACAUGUCAUGCAGAAAUCACCAUAUGGCCCUGGUGGAUGAGUGAGUUGUGAGCUGCCGGUCUGAUUGCAUUGCCUGGCCAUUCUCUAGGUUAGUGGACCAAAGCUAGUAGGCUGCUUAAAUUAAAAUCUCUGUUGACAUCAUGUACUGUGUGUGCCACUUUUGCCAACAGAGAGUUUUAGGAGAUUUUUUAGGAAGAUAUUUGUAUGAACCUUUUUUUUUGGAUUUGAAACAAGCUUCUGAAUUAUAAACUGUUUUCACUA